CUGACGUUUCCUCACUUAGUUUCCCUCCCAGUUGCCCAGUGGGACAGUUGGGUCUCAGCACCUCAAGUGGCUCUAUCAAAUCCACAAGUCAACCAAACAGUCAACCAGCUAUGAGCAAGUCCUACACUUCCUCAUCCCAGACCGCCUCCUCGUACCGCCGCACCUUUGGCUCCGGGGUCGGUUCAUCCCCGAUGUCCUCCCUCUUCUCCUCAGUGGGAGGAGGCCGUGGCUCCUCUUCAAGCCACAUGUCUUCCAGAGUCUACGAGGUCAAGAGCACUGGCAUUCCCUCCUAUUCCAGCUUCAGGGUGUCCUCCGGUGCUGGAGGAGCUGGGUUCGGCUCCUCCACAGCCAUGCGCACCUACGCCGGCGAGAAACUCGACUUCAACCUGGCCGACGCCAUGAACCAGGACUUCCUCAACACAAGGACCAACGAGAAGGCCGAGCUUCAGCACCUCAAUGACCGCUUUGCCAGCUACAUCGAGAAGGUGCGCUUCCUGGAGCAGCAGAACGCAGCGCUGACGGUGGAGAUCGAAAAGCUGAGGGGUCGCGAGGGGCCUGGGCGCGUGGCUGAGAUGUAUGAGGAGGAAAUGAGGGAGCUGAGGAGGCAGAUAGAGGCCCUGUCCAACCAGCGUGCCCGAGUGGAGGUGGAGAGAGACAACCUGGCUGAUGACCUGCAGAAACUCAAGCUAAGACUGCAGGAGGAGAUUCACCAGAAGGAAGAGGCUGAGAACAACCUGUCUGCUUUCAGAGCCGAUGUUGACAAUGCCACUCUGGCCAGGCUGGACCUGGAGAGACGAAUUGAGAGUCUGCAAGAGGAGAUUGCUUUCCUCAAGAAGAUCCAUGAGGAGGAGAUCCGUGAGCUGCAGAGCCAGAUGCAGGACACUCAGAUCCAGAUCCAGAUGGACAUGUCCAAACCCGACCUGACUGCUGCUCUGAGGGACAUCCGCAUGCAGUACGAGGCCAUUGCCGCCAAGAACAUCUCAGAGGCUGAAGAUUGGUACAAGUCUAAGGUGUCUGAUCUGAACCAGGCUGUGAAUAAGAACAACGAUGCACUCCGCCAGGCCAAACAGGAGAGCAUGGAGUACAGACACCAGAUCCAGUCCUACACCUGUGAGAUCGACUCACUCAAAGGCACCAAUGAGUCUCUGCUGCGCCAGAUGAGAGAUAUGGAGGAUCGUAUGUCCCGCGAGGCCUCUGGUUUCCAGGAUACUAUCGCACGGCUGGAGGAAGACAUUGCUAAGAUGAAGGAUGACAUGGCCCGUCACCUGAGAGAGUACCAGGACCUGCUCAAUGUGAAGAUGGCCCUUGAUAUUGAAAUUGCCACUUACCGCAAGCUGCUGGAAGGAGAGGAGAGCAGGAUCACUAUGCCUGUCCAGUCUGCUUAUUCCUCCAUUGGAUUCAGAGAGACCAGUCCUGAGUCCCAGCCCCAGCGCUCAUCAGAGGUUCACUCUAAGAAGACUGUUCUCAUCAAGACCAUCGAAACCCGUGAUGGAGAGGUGGUCAGCGAGUCCACACAGCACCAGCAAGACAUCAUGUAAACCAGAAGAGGCAACAUUAGAAACACUAUAUUUGAUAAAUUCAGUUAAAAAAAAAAACAUUUACAUUUUCCUACCACUACUACAACAAUGUAUAAGCUGAGCCCAUUUUUAGAUUACAGUUUAUAUGGAAACACAAAACUGUACAAGUGAAUGCAACCAGUAUACAUCUUGACAAAAUGUACUGUAUACAUAAUGAACAGGAUAGAGGCACAAUGGCGCAAUGCACUGUCCUUUGCCUGGUUUUCAAUAAAGGGCAUUCCAGGACUUUAUACUUUAUUCGUGUUACUUUCCAUAUCUCAAAAACACCUGAAUUUGUUGUUUGUCUUGUCUGCAAAAAUAAUUCAAAGACAAGAGUAUGGUUUUAAUUAACAAGAAAUCUUUUAUGUGGUUGUACUGGCCCAGUAUCAAUAGGGAAGUUUGCAAAGCACAAGACAGAUCAAUGGUCCUGAAACACCAUGGUCAGAAGUGAUAUUUUAACUGUAACUUUCACUGCACCUAUUCCAAGUCUUCCUGUGAAAAAGCACAAGGAUGUGAUUUAGUUAAGAGGUGCUUUUAUUUGUGUGACUGAUUAAUGGAAUGUGAGCUGUUGGUCUAAGCUUUGAGAUAUGUCAGAGAAUACAAACAUCAAAUGAGAAAGGAACUCAGUCAUGUUUUAAGUUUGAGCUCAAUAGCAUGUGCUGGAGGUUUGGUUAUAUGUGUAUGGGUAAUGUAUGGUAUGGAGCUUCACUGUGACAACUAUCUCAAAUAAAGACAAGUAUUAUCACCAUA